UGGAUUGGCCGGCGAUUGUUUUAAAACCUUUAAAUAAAAAUCUUUUACGACGCAAAUAUGAGUUUUUCACAACCGAAAACUACCAUCGACGAAGGAGAUACCGUUAUAUUAUAUCUUACAGUGACAAAUGUGUACGCAAUUGAAGCAGUUCCGCAAAUUAAAAACAAAAAAGGCGAACUAAUAGACAAUGUGUUCCAGACAAAUUUCGGUGCCUUGAAAGUGAAGGACAUUAUCGGCGUACCGUAUGGUUCGAAGGUUGAUCUUACCAAGGGUUGGGCUCACGUCUUGCAGCCAAAUCCGGAACUGUGGACACAAACGCUGCCGCAUCGAACGCAAAUUUUGUACACUCCAGAUAUCAGCAUGAUUUUGUAUCAGCUGGAAAUCAAACCCGGUAGUGUUGUGGUAGAGUCAGGAACCGGAUCCGGUUCGCUAUCGCACUAUUUUCUGCGUGCAAUUCGGCCACACGGCUUUUUGUAUACGUUCGAUUUCCACGAAGAGCGAGUUCAAAAAGCGCAAGACGAGUUCCAGUCUCACGGAUUGGGCGACUUUGUGAAGGUCACACAUCGAGAUGUUUGUGAAAAUGGUUUCGGUGAGGAGCUGAACGGAAAGGCGGACGCGGUUUUUCUGGACCUGCCGGCUCCUCAGCUUGCCAUACCACACGCUGUCAAAGCGCUGAAGGAGCAAGGUGGUCGACUAUGUUCAUUUUCCCCGUGCAUCGAGCAAUCUGGACGCGUUUGUGAAGCGCUGGAGCAGCACGGGUUUGUCGAUAUAGUCAAUCUGGAAGUGCUGCAGCUUGAGGAAGUUGUCAGAGUGAAAAACGUUCCUGUCAUGGAUUUGGAGUUCGUAAAACAUAAGAAAACAGAGUCGGACAAAGAAACAAAAACGCCGAAGGAAAUGAAAAAAUAUAUCACUUCAAGUGCUCCGAAUAGUAUCGCUGGGCAUACAGGCUAUUUAACAGUCGCUGAAUUACCACCAAUUUUUGCUCGGUAACACGGGCUUACAAUGACUAUUAAGUUUUGUAAAACAAAAACUCGCAAAUAUGCAAUUAUAAUAACAAGACUUUACUU